ACACAAGAAAGAGUGCAUCCGGGUAUCAGGUGGGAGUCAGAGCCUCUCCGCCCAACAGUUAGAGCCAAACAUCAGCAACCUUAAAAUAUUUGAUGACAGUUUGUCACAAGUGCUUUGAAUAUAUGAAUCACUUAUCUGAAUAAUAAAAUGAUGUUUAGAGAACAAUUGAUGAUACAGAGAAUUUGUGAAAUGCUAAUUCAGUUUUGGAAGAAUAGAGCAUGUAAAUACUGUAUUUCUUUCUUUCCAGCAUCUGUUAACAGUGCCCAGAAAAAUGAUGUAUCAAAGAAGUCCCAGGGCUUUGUCUGCCAUCUUGAAAUCCAAAAAAGCCCCCAGAGUGUCCAGUUCGAAUCCCAGAGAGAACUAAAGCUGUUGAGCAAGGCAGAGAAAAAGUUCUAGAGCCAAAGCCAAGUCAAUGUGAUGGAAAAUUAGAGCCACAACUGAUGGAUAUUAAAAUUUCUGUUUCAUUAUGUCUAAUAUUGACUUAGCUAAUUUAACAAAGCACUCUUAGAUCACUUUGUGAGGAACUUAAAGGAGAAACGUUCACAGAGGAGCAGGGAGUAUUCUUCUGUAAUGUGUUCCAGUAAAUUAAAGGAGAGAGGAGUUUAAUAGUGUACUGUAUUGUUGGGUUCUUAGAGACAUGGAUUGCAAAUAAAAGUGCAAAAUGGACUAUAAAGGAGUAUUAGUACUAAAAAAACAAACAAACAUGCUGAUUGGCCUUUUAGACUGGUUUGCAUUAGCAGCAGGUUUACAGUAGGCUGAGGUUGCUGCCUGUACUUUGCUUCUUACAUCAUACGCUGAUGAGUAAGAGGGACGGACAAACAAGGACCAGGAACAGGCUGGUGUGACCCAGAGUCAAGCAAGAAGCCACAGAAGGAAGGCUUCUCACAAAAUCAGACCGAGGAGGAAGUGGAGGGAUGACUGAGGACUUGGAGGAGCAGGAAGACGAGCUGCUCGCUCUCCAGAGUAUCUUUGAUGCGGACGAGUUUGUUCGGGACGAGUCGAAGUCUGCCGGAGAAAUCCGAGUAUGUGUCGAGCUUCCUGUCGGCUUCAGCGUGGCUCUCAGAGAGGGUAAAUCAGAGGCGCCGGGGUUGUCAAACACGCGACUGCUGGACCGAAAAGGUGAAAGUCUGCGUCAGUAUGAUAUUUCCUUCCUUCCACCGCUGCUUUUGAACUUUGGGCUUCCUGAGGACUACCCCUCCUCCUCCCCUCCCUCCUUCAGCCUCACCUGCAGCUGGCUGACUCACACACAGUUGGCUGCACUGCGUGCUCAUCUCGCUGAUCUCUAUGAGGCCACUGGGGGAGCUGUGGUGCUCUUCUCCUGGGUGCAGUUUCUCAGAGAAGAUGCUCUGAGGUUCCUGAACAUCCACAGUAAGCUGGAUCUUCCUCCUGAUGAACGCAGCACCCUGCAUUAUAACCAGGACCAACAAAAUGCUGAACUCUCAGAACCAAAGAACAAUACAGAGCCAGAGUUCUCUGUACCAUCCUCGGAAGUUCAGGAGAAUCCUUCAGACGGGAGCAGCGCAGACUCUCAGGGAGCUUCGGCUUUAGACUCCUGCAAGCAUGACCAGAAUGAUCUGAACUCUCACCAGAGCCAGAGUGAUCUAACCUCAGAUUAUCAAAGAGCUCUUUCUCCAGAGCCUGCACUCCAAAACCAAACCACACACACUCCAGAUGUGACAAUCCUCCAAGCCUCAGAGUUUAAUGUUGAUCUCCAGGAUGAUCUUUCUUCAUCUGCAGAGAAAUCCAAGCAUCAUCAAAGUGUCCGGGAAGAUUUCUUAAAUGAAGGAGAUGCUUCUCUCUCAUCGCUGCUUCCCUCCACCUCCUCAGGCACAUUAGAUCCAAGUGAACUUGGAGCUGCUUCUCUGCCGGUCCAGCCCACAGAUUCUCCUCAGAGUGAAGAGCAAACCCUCUCUGGUUUCUUUUUAUCUCCAUCACAGACUCUGCUGUCCCACAUUUUGAUCUAUGAUGCGGCCCAGAAACACAAAGUGUUUGCCACCACUUUCUUUGACUGCGGGGUUUGUUUUAUGGGCCGGCUCGGGUCCGAGUGCGUGAAGCUGUCACCGUGUGGCCACGUCUUCUGCCGGGCCUGUCUCUGCGAGUUCUGUACGGUUCAGAUCACAGAGGGGAACGUCCGGGGUGUCACCUGUCCUCAGGCAGACUGCGCUGGUGCCCCUACACCUGCACAGGUGCAGAGUCUGGUAGGGGAGAAGCUGUUUGACCGCUAUGACCGUCUCCUGCUGCAGAAGACUCUGGACAGCAUGUCUGAUGUGACGUACUGUCCUCGAACAUCCUGCGGCUCUGCCGUGAUUUUGGAGAAAUCCAGCAAGGCAGCGCUUUGCUCUGAGUGCGGCUUUGCCUUCUGCGCCAUAUGCAGAAAAACAUACCAUGGAACGGGGAAGUGUGAGACCAAGAAAAAAUAUGCUGAAAGAUAUAUAAUAGACCUGCCACAGUCACAAGAGGGGAUGAAGGCUCUCUGGGAGGACUAUGCCAGUGGCAGCAGGGAGAGGAAGCGCCUGCUGGAAAAUAGAUAUGGCUGCAAUUUACUGGUGUCCAUUGCAGAAAAAAAACUAAGCGACAACUGGAUUGCCAACAAUACCAAGAGUUGUCCUGAAUGCUUCACUAGAAUAGAGAAGGAUGGAGGGUGUGACCAGAUGUUGUGCACUCGCUGUAAGAAGAUUUUCUGGUGGGACAGACUGACUCCAGAAAACACAACCGAACAGUUUUAUGGGGGUCAAUGUUCUUCCAACUAAUUCUAAGAAUCAGCACCACAUACUCUCUCAUAAUCAGCAGGGGGCAACAAAAACAACAAUGACAGGAAGGAAUAACCAAACCGUUGGUUCCUUAGAAAACCCAAAGUGCUGUAAAUUAACAAAAAUUGCCCUCUUUGGCUGUUUUAUUUGCCUUAGGCCGCAAUGAAGCAUUUACACUAAAGGUGUAUGUUCUAAUCAAUUAUCAAUUAUUCUUUCAGUUAAUGGACAAAUUAUGUGGUCAGAAAACAGACACAUUUGCCAGAACCCUGUUUUUUCAAACCAACAGUUCAAAACACAAAUUUCUUUUUCUCCUGAUGAACCAAAUUAACUGAGCAAGUAUUUCCCAGACUGAUGAAUUCCUCUGCUUUUAGAUGUGUGCUGCUGUUAAGUACUGUUAUGGCACAAAAAUGCUCUGUGCAGUCAUUAUCACUGUAACGUUUGAACUCUGAGGGAAAAGACAGGUUCACACUGCCACAGAUAUAUGCAGCUGCAACAACUACAGGUAAAUCUUCUGACCUUGACGUGCAUGUUUCAUUUCAAUUCCAGCAGCAGCCUACAGGUAGAUCCUGAACAUGUGUCUUCUUUCCCCUUCCUCCACUGCCCUGUUAUGACAGUGCAACAAAGACGCCAGCAUGUUUGAUUUUCUUGUCUGUCCAGGAAAAAUCCUGCUUCCUCAUCACUUCCUCAUAAAUGUCUAAACAGCAGUUUGCCUUUAUAACCCACAGAAGGGGACUGCAGAAUGCAAGAAUACUUUUUAAUUGUAUGGGUUACACCUUUAUUUUUCCUGCUAGCACAAACAAAAUACAUGCUUCAUUAAAA